AUGGGGAAACCGACGCACACCGAUCGGUACCUAAAGGCGGAUUCCCAUCAUCAUCCGUCUCACCUAUCGUCCGUGCCACGCACUCUCAUCAAUCGUGCACUUCGCUUAUGCGAUCCUCAGUUCGUAGAGUCGGAACUGACGCACGUGAGACGAGUUCUUGAGGACAAUGGCUACAAAUGGAGACAAAGCCUUAGGCUAGCAAACACGACCGGUAAGACACGGCCUCAGGUUGUGGAUCGAGUCCCGGCAUAUCUACCUUAUAUGCGGGGGGUGACGGAUAAGAUUGGACACUUGUUACGCCGCAAGUAUAGUAUCAAGACAAUUUUCCGGCCCCUUACGCAGAUAAGGAGAGUUUUACGUUCGCCGAAAGAUCGUACCCCCUUAGAUGGCCCAGGCGUCUACGAAAUUCCAUGCGAUUGCGGCAAAAGUUACAUUGGGGAAACGGGGCGCAACCUUAAUACCAGGCUCACAGAGCACAUUCGUUGCAUGCGCAAACUGGAUAGCAACACGUCAGCGGUUGCGGAACACGCCCUUACCUUCAACUCUCAUUACAUUAGGUUUGACCGAGUGAAAGUCUUGGCUCGUGACAAAAACUUCGUGUCACGUAAAUUACUCGAAGCCAUUGAAAUCCGACGUCGACCUAAUUUUAAUAGAGAUAAGGGUUGGUCUCUGUCUCCGGCGUGGGAACCCGUGUUGCUGAGACCGAAGCAGAAGAACAACGAAGAUGGUGUUGAAUACGUGUCGGACAUCGUCAGUACGUUUUGCGCCCCGUUUAAUGUUAACAACAACAGUGACUCAUCAAUUUUGAACUCGUCGACAUCGCCGUCGCCGACGCAAGCAACGGCCACCGCGCCCCCCGCGCCCGCCGCCCCCUCGAGCCGCGCGCUACGCGCUAUGGCCCGCAGAAGAUAA